AGUUAUUGGGAUAUGGUUGCUGUCCCCGCAGCAAGCAAGCAGAAUGGUAGAAACGAUCGCGGCAGCGGUGCACAGCGACUCUGAGGACGACGCCUUUGAGAGGAAGAUUCGGAGCUUGCUCCAUGAGGCCCAGGCCGACUGUUUGGAUUCCAUCUCGAAGCAGCUAGCGUCGCAAUGCCACGCGUGGAAGGACAUGAAGCCCCUUGCCCGAGUCCUACUAUCUCAUGCUCUCCUGAGGCCGGAGCUCCACGAGAUGCUGGCCGAGCUCGUGCCCCGGCUGAGUGCGCUCCUCCCCGAGCUCCCGGCGGAGGCCGAGGGCGAGAGCCCCGUGACCUUCGCGAGGCUGCUGCUGAACGCGUGCCAGGACGAGUUCGAGUGCCUGCUCGCCUCGCGCGAGCCCGCGGACCCGGCGCUCGCCGGCGCGUCCCUCGUGGUUCUGCGUCCACCUGCUGCCCGACGACAGCAAGUACGGCGCAGGGACCUUCGAGGUGCCGGCCGCCGCCCCCUUCGGCGAGGCCCUGGGCGCGCGCGUCCGGGCCAGGCUGGGCGGCGGCCUGCGCGUGCGCGUGGUGCUGGCGUCGGAGGACGGCCAGGCACUAUGGAUGGAGGACCGCAGUGGCCUGCUGAAAGCCCUGAUGAGCUACCUGGGGCACCUCUGCGUGUGCAGGGUCCUGGCCAUGAAAGUCCUUCCGAUGAUCCUGGACGACCUGCUCGGGGCUGGCGGGCCCGCGGAGCACCUCGCCGCGUGCGCGCAGGACGUGCCUCCCUUCCCCCCCGCGGGUGCCCCGUGGAGGACCAAGGCUGGCCAGAAGGUGCGCAUCAGGUUCGUCAGGAGGCUGACGCGCGGCAGGGCGGCACCGUCGUCCCGGAAGUGCGAGGCGAGGGACGUCCGCGCGUGAGAGGCCUGAUCUUCUGCGCAGUGACUUCGCACGUUCUGUCUGCCUGGAGCUUUUUUACCCCAACCAUCACUUCCAAUGACUCCGCGGCAACACGGGCAGAGUGAAGCGCGGUGCUGCUAAUACGAUCCAUGUCUGGUUGCCCAACGAGGCAGCCUGGGUGGAUCUAGAGCAGCGCAAUGUGGUGCCACCCGCUCAGUGCAAGCCUAGGUGUCCGUGCGGAUCCUGCAACCCCAGUUCAAUUUUUUGUUGCAGAUGCACGCCGUAGUAUUUUUUAGCGCGAUGCUUUCCAUCUUGGCCGGCUCGUUAACCACUCCAGAGCGGGGACUCAUUGCUCCCGUGGGGAAUAUGACCACGGGGGUAAAACAGUGGGCAGCUCCCACACAUGGAGUGGUGAAAAUUUGAGCCGCACAUCGCAGCUGCUCUGAUGGGCACUUGUUUCAAACACCGAAAUUGGUGGGCCCCUUUCCUCAUUCUGCACAAAGCAGCUCGUGUGCCAAGAGCGGAGAUCACAGGUCAGUCUUCGCAUCUUGUGUCAAAUUUUUGUUAUGUAGACGCCACUUUUGUCCAGACCUCCUUGUCACAUACGGCAUCACCUCGUCCUCGUCGUGAUCGUCCUCCUCUUCAUUCCCCGUGCGAAUGGCAACUUUCCAUGGUGGUGCUCUCUGAUGCAGUCGAGUCAGAGGCGAGCUUACAUCUUGAUUGACAUCACCGUGCUGACAGUCUCUGGGUCCAGUGUGCAUGCUGCGAAUGGGAGUUGCAA